GAGUGAGGCGGCAAAUUUGUGCCUGGCCCUUUAAAAUAAACACGAGCAGAUUGGGAGGAAGUGAAGAAAAGGUGGCUUUCGGUUCCUCUCGAAACUCCUGAGAGGCUCGGCACUGGUGCUUGUCCCUUCGGUGGGCACUGGACGUCUUCACGCUCCGCACGACUCGAUUCGAGUGUAUCAGACAUGAUGGCAGCCAUGAAUCUGGAGGAAGAGCUCAAAGAAACGGAUCAGAUUUUAGCAGCCCCCAAUGGCGCUGCGAAUGAAAUGCUGGAUGUGGGUCAAGAAGACAACAUGCAGGGCCAGAUGGAGGAGUUUUUGGGUCCACAGGCAGAAUACAAUGAGGAGGAGGAAGAGAGAAAAUACUACAGGAGGAAGCGAUUUGGAGUUAUCAAGAAUGUUCUCGCAGCCAGCGUUGCAGCCAUGAUUAUGUACAGUGUGUACAUGGGGUUAUUGCAGAUGCAGCUUAUCCUUCAUUACGAUAUGACUUAUCGCGAAGUGAAGUAUAGCAACCUCGGUCUCGAAGACAUUGAUCGGAAGAUGCUGAGGGGAAUCAACGUCACGCCCAUAUUAGGGCUGCUGUACACCCCCAUUCUCAUCAGGUUUCUAGGAACAAAGUGGAUGAUGUUUCUGGCUUCCGGAAUCUAUGCCUUUUUUGUCUCGACCAAUUACUGGGAGCGUUACUACACCUUGGUUCCGUCUGCUGUUGCCAUCGGUGUGGCCAUUGUGCCACUCUGGGCUUCCCUUGGAAAUUAUAUCACGAGGAUGGCACAACAGUAUUAUGAAUACGUCAACUACAAGGAAGAGCAUGUACAGGAGCAGAAGAAGAUCCCAAAGGGAAUGUGCCACAAAUACAUCAUCAUCUUCCAGUCAAUCUUCAGUAUCAUCUUCCAUCUGAGCUUCGUCUUUGCCGAGUUCCCCAUGAGUCUCCUCCUCAAUGACCACAUUCUUGACAAAAAUCACGUUCUCUUCAACGUCAAAAGCUGUGGGGCCAAAAUCAGUGGUGUGGUUCCAGGUUUGAACACUACGGUGCUGAGAAGUCUACCCCAGUCCAUGAAGUUGAUCAUCGUGGAAAGCGUGCUCAUGGGCUUUGCUUUCCUUUCCAUGAUCAUUUUCCUUUUGCUGUGUGGUGCUGCGUACCGCCCAACAGAGGAGAUCGAUCUGCGCAGUAUUGGCUGGGGGAACAUCUUCCAGCUUCCUUUCAAACAUUUGAGGGACUACCGCUUGCGGUUUCUCUGCCCUUUCUUUGUCUACAGUGGAUUGGAAGUCCUCUUCGCCAUCACCGGACUCAGCCUGUCCUACGGUGUUUGUACUUUGGGCCUACAAAAACUGUGGCUCUUAAUUGUGGUCUACGGGCUGUCGUGCUCCAUCUUCUCCUUCCUGUCCCUCUGCCUCCUCCGCCUCCCGCGGUGGGUGUGUCUGGCAGCAGGAGCCAGUGUCCAUUUGGUGCUGUUGGUGGUACUCAUGGUGUUUUCACCAAGUCCUCGACACGAUGAGUAUGAGGCCCCGCUUCUGAUCAUUUCUAUGCUGUGGGGGCUUGGGACGGCCCUGAAUAAGACUGGAGUGAGCACCUUGCUUGGCAUUUUAUAUGCGGAGGAGAAGGAACGUCUGGACUUUGUCUACACGAUCUAUCACUGGUUACAAGCCAUUGCCAUCUUUGCAGUCUACCUCUGGUCAGAGUUGCCGAUGAGGGCUAAACUUGCCAUCCUGCUCGCAACUUUACUGCUAGCUUGCUACUGCUACUGGCUGAUGGAGCGCCGCCUUGCCAAGAAAGUGCGCCACAGGCUGCCCCGCAUCCCUCGACCAAGGCACAAGGUCAAAGGUUAUCGCUACCUGGAAGAAGGCAACUCAGAUGAGUCAGACUCAGAGAGGAGUGAGGAGGAUGACGAAAAUGAAGAGGACAGAGAGCCAGAGGAGCAAUUGGCGAAUGAGUUUCGAGCAGAGGACAUGGAGGCCGAACGCCGGGAUUCUGGCGCUCAUGAAGCUGACUCACUUCGCGUCAGGAGGAAGAGGGCAGAGAAUCACUAGCGGAGGGAGGAUGCCACCCAUGCGGUGGAGGACCAUAGAGGGUGAAGAAAACUAAAUUAGGAGAAAGAGGCUGAGCAAGACAGAGAAGGAAAUCGACGUUUCAUCAUUCUUUCAAGUCUGACGCUCCGAAUUUGAAUAUUUUUUUCAAGCUAUAAUGAGCCUCAGAACACUGAUGAGGUUUGUAUGCAGUCAAGAACCAUUUCAAGACCAAAUAUUAGCAAUAUUCGGGUUUUGAAAGUCUAUGUAACGCCCACAAAAAGCCGAACAUGUUUGUAUUCGUCUUUUUAAAAUUCGAACAAUACCCCUGGGUUACUCCUUUUCCAAACACAAACAUUUGAUCGCAUAAACCUCCAUUGAAUGGAGUAUUAGGGUUUUUUUCUCCACUUACGGCCAUCUUAUUUUACCACUUGGUAAGCGAGCCUAAAUUGAAUACAGAGAUUUCUCUUACGUUAUUUUCUUUCUCAAGGGCAUAAAUUCCACAAUGUGUCCAUAUACACACACACAUCUAUGUUCAUCUGGCGCGCAACUUGCCGGAAGUCCACAAGCAGAGGUAAACAAACUCAAAGCAGCACACACUCUUGCAGCAAGGAAGAAACCGAUAAUUGUUGUGGUGAAUGACGUAAUAAUGUGUUUGAUUGACGGUAGAAAGUAAGAAGCGGAAAUGACAUCCAUUUGCGUCGUGAUUUACAUCGGGAUAUUCCAAUUGGCGUGUCGUUGGGAGUAACGCUUGUCCGCCUGUGUUGUCCAGGGAAACCAAGACGAGUAUUAUAAAAAAAUGAUGAGAUUUAUUUGAGAAAGAAAAAAAAAAAACAUGGAGUGACACCAUUCAUAGAUCUGUCAACGAAGGCCCCGCCAUCCCGCGCGUCUUGCGGAAUUUGACGCAAUUUAAACGAAUUCAGUGAUUCAGACGAAGGGCUUGUGGAAAUUCACCAAAAGUGGAAGCUUUUGUAUUUGUGGACAGACAUUUUCUCCACUUUUGCGCCGACUGAAAAUGAUCCGUUUUGUGUUGCAAUCCAUUUAUUUCUCGAUGGAAUCCUCUUUCAAGAGCAUUUAACAUCAACAGGAUGAGGUGAUGCUUUGUGGGGCUCUUCUAAAAUAAGAAAUGACAGUUUAAGAUAUGCAUGUGGUCAUAAAUAUUAAAACAAACAAACAUUUUCCUUCAAAUCCUUGCUCCCGUUUUGUAGAUUGUGAGGGAACAGUCCUGCAGUUAAAAGAACUUCAAUAUGUGCUAACAUUCAUCCCGAUAUUUGUGCUUUUGACGUUAGUAUUGUUAGUGACGCCUGAAAUAAUGACAAAUUGACUCAAGAGAUUCAAAAAUUCAAAAGAUAGACACUGUACUGCACUUGGUUUUCAUGUGUCACAGUCGCUCUGGAUUGCUGAAAUUAUGAUUUUGUGCUGAACUUUGUUAAAUUAUCAGUUCAUUUUGGGUGUUCAAUUGUAGCUGUAUUUUGUCAUCCAGUUUCAACUGUUUUGGACGUUCCCUCUUGUCAGAUUUUUUUAAUCAUAUUAUGUGUCUCUUAGCUGCUGUUCUUGUCCUUGUCCUUUCAUGAAUUUGUAUUGACAGCAGUUGACCUGCUUUUUUUUAAAAAUAAGAUUAAUUUUCAUUGCUGUGGUUGUUCAUUAUGUCUUGUUGUUUGCAACUUUGUGGCCGAUUAAAACCAUUUUGGGUUUUCUCGCA